AUUGUGGAGUUGCGAGUAUUUUCACCUUGUUUAAGAAUGGCGCGUCCGGCUAUGUGAGCGUUUUGUUCCUCAGUCAUGAGAUGAGACCAGCAAGCGAGAUUGCGACUCGCAUAAGCGAAGCUCUGAUUUCUGCGUCAAAGAAAGCAAACCCAGCUCUUUCAUGGACACCAUCGCUCGAGCGUAUUGUACACAGACUCGGAUGCCGGGACUCACUGAAUCCCUCACUCGUCGCCCAAGUCAUCGAUCCUUGCCUCUUGACUCAUCACUCUCUCGCACUCGGUUUCUUCAACUGGGCCUCUCAGCAACCCGGGUUUACUCACACCUCACUUACUUAUCAAUCAAUCCUGAAAUCUCUCUCUCUUUCUCGUCAAUUCAAUUCUAUAGAGUCUAUCUUAAGGCAAGUCAAAGCCCACAAAUUCGUCCUCGAUUCUUCAACUCAUCGCUUUGUUAUUAAUUCUUUAAUUCAAGGGAAGAAGACCCAGAGCGCAUUUUUGUUUUUUAGCGAGGUUAAAUCACAAAUUUUGGAUAUUGGGCCUGAGACAUGUAACUCGCUUUUGGCCGUAUUGGGUUCUGUAGGGUCUUUUGACAAUGCACUAAAGGUUUAUGAUGAAAUGACCAUGCGAGGUGUUCCUUUUAGCACUGUGGGUUUUGGCGUGUUUAUAUGGAGGUUUUGUAGAGAUGCUGAUUUGGGAAAAGUUUUGACUAUGUUAAAUCAAGUAAAAGAGGGUAAUUCAAUGAUUAACGGGUCGGUUAUUGCAGUUUUGAUUGUUCAUGGUCUUUGUCGGGCUUCCAGGGUGAGUGAGGCUUUGUGGGUAUUUAAUGAACUGAGAAUUAGAGACUGUAAACCAGAUUUUAUGGCAUAUAGGAUCGUGGCCGAAGCUUUUAGAUCACUGGGGAGUGUGGCUGAUGUGAUUAAGGUUUUGAAGAUGAAGAGGAAGCUAGGAGUGGCACCGAGGAGUAACGAUUAUAGAGAGUUCAUUUUGAGUUUGAUUAGGGAGAGAUUGUUAUAUGAAGCGAAAGAAUUAGGUGAAAUCAUUGUGCGCGGUAAUUUCCCAAUCGAAAUUGAUGUGUUGAAUGCAUUGAUAGGAUCGGUUUCCAGUAUUAACCCUUCUGCUGCGGUGUUGUUUUUUCAUUUCCUUGUUGGAAAAGGAAGGUUACCAACACUUUUAACCUUGAGCAACUUGAGCAGAAAUCUUUGUAGGCAUGGAAAGAUUGAUGAAAUGCUGGAGGUGUACCAUGUCUUGUCUUCAAACAAUUAUUUCUCUGACAUGGAGAGUUACAAUUUGAUAUUUUCAUUCUUUUGCAAGGUUGGGAGGGUAAGAGAGGCUUAUGGGAUUCUUCAGGAGAUGAAGAAGAAAGGAUUUGGCCCAGAUAUCGCAAUGUAUAAUUCUUUAAUUGAAGUGUGUUGUAGAGAAGAUUUAUUGCGUCCUGCUAAGAAGCUUUGGGAUGAGAUGUUUGCAAUUGGAUGUGGUGUGAAUUUAAAAACUUAUAAUAUUCUGAUUGCAAAAUUCUCCGAAAUAGCUGAAGUCGAAGAGGCAUUGAGACUCUUUAAUCACAUGUUGGAGAAAGGGAUGGCACCUGAUGCUGCAACUUAUGCAUUCCUCCUCAAAGGACUUUGUCAAGAUACCAAGUUUGAUGCUGCUGUUGAAAUCUUCAAUAAAUCAAUUAAUCAAGAUUUAGUGUUGGCACAAAGUAUAUUGAGCAUAUUCAUUCUAAACCUCUGCAGAAAAGGUCAAUUUCUUGUAGCUUCUGAGUUGCUCUGUGGCAUUGCUUAUGACAUAGGACAUUCAGAUUCCCAUGUUGUUUUGCUCAAAUGUUUAGCUGAUGCUGAAGAGGUUCCCAUUGCUGUUGAACAUUUGAAACGGAUUCAAGACAUGUCUCCUUCAAAGUUGCAAGUCAUAUAUACUGAGCUUUUGGCCUUGCUUUCUUCUUCUUCGAAACCAGAAUCUAUCUUAUGCUUGCUUCAAUCAAUCCGUGAACAACAAAUAGAUUCCAAUGGUGAUUCUUGGAAGCAUGUUUGCAGAAAAUCAUAUAGCUAAGGAUAAAAUUUUCAAAAACAACUAGCCAUCUGCAUGUCAGAAGCCAGAAGAUCACAAGUCAUUUGGCAUUUGUGGAUCACUAUAUCACUCUCUUAUAAAUUGGCAGAUCUUCUGCUUCCAAAUCUACUACUGUUCUACCACUCUAACAAUCUUCGUUUGUGGCAUUGUUGUGUUGUUGCACAACCAAGAUUGUAGUUUUGUCCAUGAACGGUGAUGAAGCCAACAAAUCACCAACUGUUCCUAACUCUUUGUGAUCAUUCCAAUCUGCAAGCCCCGAUAGAAGUGGUGAUCUGCUAUCAUGAUGCCUUCCAACUAUGACAAGUUCAUAGCAGUUUUCCAUUGAUCUAAUCACUGAAGUAGUCCCUGUCCCAUCCAUCACCACCUCCUCUAUGUAUAUUACUCUAUAAUUUCCUGCUGUAGCCAUUCUAAACUCACUCACCACUUCAUUAUCAGGCCUCCUUUCAGUGGCAUUAUCACCAGCAAUGCUUCCAUUUUCAAGGAGUCGUACCAUUGUCAGGUUGAUGCUGUGAUGUCCAGUCAUCCGUGCCCCUAUGGCCAGUGCCUCCCUAUCGUCAGGCCCGCCCAAGAAGAGAACGGCAACACGAUAUGAAGACUGAACAUUAAGGCUAGUCCUUUGUACAUUCUGAGGCCCACGAUCAACCAGGAUUGCAGUAGAGCAAGGUGCCUUGUCAAUGACAUUUUCAUUUGUUAUCUUAAUGGCCCUUUUGUGGGAAUUUGCUGCAUCACUCACUUGGAAUCUCUUGUGGAAAGGAACUAUAAUAAGGGAAGUCCUUUUGUCUAGUGCAAUUGUGCACACAUCAUCGUGCAUUGUUUUAGACGGACAAAUUGCAGUAUAAGGGUAAAGUGUAAUGAGACCGUGGUUACCAUCCUCAAAGCGUCUGAAUGCAUUGAUUACUUGUUCUGAGUUUUUGACCUUUUUUGAGGGCCUUUUGCUCAGCUUGUGGGGGAUGAGGAGGGGGUUUGCCUGGCCAACAAUCUCAAUGAGGUGGAGGAGAAAAACACAUACAGGGCUUCUUUUUGUGGGAUUUAAGACUUCAAGGAGUUUGAUGGCAGCAGGAACAUUUUCAUGUUCAUGGAUACAAACUAGCACUCGGAGUUCGAAAUUGGGUUUUAGGUUCAUCACAGUUCUUCUCCUAUAAACAGCAUACCUUCUUGAAGGAUCAUACAAGUGUUUAAUGAUAGGUGAGAUAGCUCCUGUUACAAGCAUCAUAGAUACGGCCAUGAUCACAAAAGCCUCAUUGUCUAUUGCCUGCACAUUAUCAGAAAUCCAAUUCAUCACAUUGGUUAAGGCAAUAGUCAUUUGUAAUUAUUUAUGGCAGAUACUGUCGUCACUCUUACUUGCAAUAAUAUAUACAUUAACACAUUGGUCAGGGGCAGUAAGAAUUAUGAAAGUUUGAUUA